AUUUUUUUUAUUUUCAAAUUACAAUAAUAAAUUAAAUUUAAUGUGUAAUAAUAGCCUUGUAAGAUAUAAUGUAUAUUAUCCAUUGUUUGAAAGUUUUUACACUUUCAAUUUUUUUAUCCUUCCUGGCGUAUAAUAACCGUUUUGCUUAUUCUGUGAAUAAAACUAAAAUACCAGAUAAAACCUUCGAGGGAGUAGUUUUUCGUAUUAAGAAAGGGCUGAACUAUUUCACUGACUGUAGCGUAGAUAUGCUGUUAAAGCACUGUGAUAAGGAUACUUCUGUAAACUUUGAGUGUUUUAGAUGUUUGGGAGAAUGUAUUUCAAUUGCAGCUAGGGCCGCUCUGAUGGACAAGGAGCACGGGGAGAAAUUCGACGACGAGCUAUGA